UCACUGGGGGCAACAACUAUCGCCGCACUCGUUCGUAUCAACUUCAGGUUCUUUCUUAUACAGAUGGUUGAUUUCGUAAUUGUUCGAUUGUUGGAAUUCAUGUGAUAAUCAAUAAUUUGGAGCUUAUUUCAUUUGAUUGUAGCUUAGUGAACAUAUUCAGUCGUAUGCUUGUUCGAAACCCUAGGAUUUUUGUAUAAAUUGGUAAGGGAGAAAGAUGUCGCACAGGAAGUUUGAGCACCCCAGACAUGGUUCCCUCGGAUUUCUUCCCAGGAAACGUGCUGCUCGCCACAGAGGAAAAGUGAAGGCUUUCCCCAAGGAUGACCCAACCAAGCCAUGCAAGCUAACUGCUUUCUUGGGUUACAAGGCUGGGAUGACUCACAUCGUCAGAGAGGUCGAGAAACCUGGAUCAAAGCUUCACAAGAAGGAAACCUGUGAGGCUGUUACCAUCAUUGAGACACCUCCUAUGGUGGUUGUUGGGCUGGUCGCUUACGUCAAAACUCCACGUGGGCUUCGAUCUUUGAACACUGUCUGGGCUCAACAUUUGAGCGAAGAUGUGAAGAGGAGGUUCUACAAGAACUGGUGCAAGUCUAAGAAGAAGGCGUUCACCAAAUAUUCCAAGAAGUUUGAGUCUGAUGAGGGCAAGAAAGAUAUCCAGUCUCAGUUGGAGAAAAUGAAGAAAUAUGCAACUGUCAUUAGGGUUUUGGCUCACACACAGAUAAGGAAAAUGAAGGGAUUGAAGCAGAAGAAAGCCCACCUAAUGGAAAUCCAAGUGAACGGUGGAACAGUUGCCCAAAAAGUUGAUUUCGCAUACGGCUUUUUCGAAAAACAAAUCCCAAUUGAUGCCGUGUUCCAGAAGGAUGAAAUGAUUGACAUCAUUGGUGUAACAAAGGGUAAGGGUUACGAAGGUGUCGUGACCCGUUGGGGUGUGACCCGUUUGCCACGUAAGACUCACAGGGGUCUGCGUAAGGUUGCUUGUAUUGGAGCGUGGCAUCCGGCCAGAGUCUCGUUUACCGUCGCUCGUGCUGGUCAAAACGGUUACCAUCACCGUACUGAAAUGAACAAGAAGAUUUACAAGCUUGGCAAAACCGGACAAGAGUCCCAUACUGCUCUUACUGAGUUUGACAGGACCGAAAAGGACAUAACUCCAAUGGGUGGUUUCCCUCACUAUGGUGUGGUGAAAGACGACUACUUGUUGAUCAAGGGUUGCUGUGUGGGUCCCAAAAAGAGGGUUGUUACACUCCGCCAAUCAUUGCUUGCACAGACUUCUCGUUUGGCUCUUGAAGAGAUCAAACUCAAGUUUAUCGACACUUCAUCGAAAUUCGGUCAUGGUCGCUUCCAAACUGCAGAAGAGAAGCUCAAGUUCUACAACCGCCAGAAGGCAUAAGAACAGGUAUUUAUCUGUUUUGGCGAUCGUUAAGUAAUUUUGAUAGUUUGUUUCGAGUACUGUUAUACUGCUUCUUGAGAGACUAGUUUUUGUUGGGAUAUUUUGAUGAUUGCUUUUUAUUAUGGACUAAUUUUCUAUAUAUGCAUUUCAGUAUAUCUCUAUUUCACCAA